GAGCAGAGUUUUAGAAGUAGACGCUCUACUGGCUUCAGGACAGCUUUCAUGAUUUAACGUUUCUCUCUUUGUUUAAGAUCUUGAUCUUCAGAUCGCUCCUGCAGAAGUGACAGAAGGACAAUCAGUCGUUCUGACCUGUAAAACCACCUGCAGUCUGACUGAUCCAACAUUCAUCUGGUACAAAAACAGCAGAGAUUUAACCACAAAGACCAACAAGAACAAUGAAGUCCAUCUGCAGUCGGUCAGCAGUGAGGAUGCAGGCAGUUAUAGCUGUGCUGUAAGAGGAUAUGAACAUCUCCACUCUCCUGUUCAAACCCUCAGAGUCAGAUAUCAUCCAAAGAACGUCUCAGGGUCCAUCAGUCCCUCUGGUGAGAUAAUGGAGGGCAGUUCAGUGACUCUGACCUGUAGCAGUGAUGCUAACCCACCUGUACAGACCUACACCUGGUUUAAGGGGAUGGCAUCAGUAGGAAAGGAAAAGACAUACAGCAUCUCCAAGAUCAGCUCUGAGGACAGUGGAGAGUACAAGUGCAAGAGCAGUAAUGAAGUCGGACAUCGGUACUCCAACAGUGUGACUCUGAAUGUUCUGUAUCCUCCAAAGAACGUCUCAGUGUCCGUCAGCCCCUCUGGUGAGAUAGUGGAGGACAGUUCAGUGAAUCUGACCUGCAGCAGUGAUGCUAACCCACCUGUACAGAGCUACACAUGGUUUAAGGGGAUGGCAUCAGUAGGAAAGGAAAAUACAUACAUCAUCUCCAAGAUCAGCACUGAGGACAGUGGAGAGUACAAGUGCAAGAGCAGUAAUGAAGUCGGACAUCGGUACUCCAACAGUGUGACUCUGAAUGUUCUGUAUCCUCCAAAGAACGUCUCAGUGUCCGUCAGCCCCUCUGGUGAGAUAGUGGAGGACAGUUCAGUGAAUCUGACCUGCAGCAGUGAUGCUAACCCACCUGUACAGAACUACACCUGGUUUAAGGUGAAAGAAUCAUCACCUGUAGGAUCUGGACAGAGUUACAGAGCUGUACAGAGUGGACAGUAUUACUGUGAGGCUCAGAAUAAACACAGCUCUGAGAGAUCAGCUGCAGUGUCUGUCACUAUUAAUGGUGAGGGUGAUGAUGUAAAUCUAUAAAUGAGAAACAAACUAAUAAAUAUUUAACACUGAUAUUUAUUACAUUAUCAUCCACACAGACUCCCUGAGCUCAGG